CAACGCGGGCCAGUGCCGUCUCCGUACUGGUACUGGACGUCUCUUUCUCGAAAUUCUCUUGGCUACAGUCUACAACUUCUGCAGCCGUCCGUCCGUCCGUCUCCCCAAGUAUAUUUAUCAGCCCCCUCUCCCCGUCGCCUCGACGCCCUCCGCUUCGUUCUGCGCGUCGUCCUCGCCUUGCUUCGUACGUCGUCGUCCCCGGCGUCCGGCGUCCGGGAAAGCGGCGAUGGAGGCGGCGCUGGGGGCGCUGUGCCGCGCCGGAGGGUGGUCGUACGCGGCCGUCUGGCGCUUCCAUCCCCAAGACCCUCGGUUGCUCACAUUGGGGGACUGCUACUCUGAAGAUGAGGCAAAAACAAUGGUUCAGAAGAUGCUUAAUCUCGUUGAAAUUGUUGGGGAAGGCAUCCUAGGAGAAGCUCUAGUAAGCGGAGAGUGUCAAUGGAUUUACGACGAUACUUGCCAUGUGUUGAAUCAGACAAGCCAUGCUGAUAACAGAGACUUAUAUCUGGAUUAUACUUGGUGGCAGCAUCAGUUUCUGAAUGGGAUAAAGACUAUUGCAGUAUUGCCUCUUCAGUUACAGGGACUGGUGCAAUUUGGUUCCACACGGAAGGUUCCCAGGAGUUCAAUUCUUUUGAAUCAAGUCAGAGAUAUAUUUGAUCGGAUGAAGAAUGCUUCAAGCGAUGGUCCAAUGGAAUAUACCCACAACUCUCUUGCAUAUGGUCAGCAACCUAUCCUUGCUUCAUUGAUAUCUGCCAAUGACAUGCUCGUACAUAAUAAGGUCAACCCAUUGCAAACUGAGAAACCUGAGGAGAAUAUUGAGAUAACAGAAUCUACAAGGAGUUCGAUGUGUUCUCCAAGCAAUUCACAAAGAUCUUUAAAUGAUUUAACCUCCCAUGGUACUGGAAACACCAGUACGGAUACUCAUAUAUUGGCCAUGCCUGUUAACUCCAAGACUAUAUAUGAGCUUAAACGAUUUGAUAACGUCACUAAGUUGUUUCAUCAAAGUGCUGAUGACAGAGUUGGUUUUCAAGUGAAUCCUAGUAAAGAGCCUGGUUCUAUUAUUGCUGGUGUAAUGUCAGGAUACAAAAGUUCGAACAAUAUUCAUAGGACAGAAAAUGAUUCAUGUGAUCAAAACACAGAAUAUACCCCAUACCUUUACACUACCACCAACUCUGCAAAUUCUGGCUUAGAUGAACUUUCUUAUUCUGGCACUGGUUUGUCGUCAUCGUUUACAGCAGUAUCUGGAAAAGUUAAAAACUGCCUGCAAACUGAGAGUGACAAGUUUCUAUGUAAGUCUGUAUCAUUCAGCAGCAACCCUUGUGCUUCUAAAAUCCAAGAAAAUCGCCUAUCACCAUACCAUGCCCUCAUGCAUGAACAAUCCCUGAUACCUGACGAUCCUGGAGAAUCUGUGAGGCUCCUCUCACAUGAAGAAUCAUUUAAUGUUCAAGGUGACUCAAUGCAAUUCGAGGAUGGUACCCGCUUUACAUGCCAGGAUAACAGUACAUUUCCUGAAUUACCAAACAGAUCACCUGAAGAAGCUACUGCUGAAACUUUAGAAAAGGAAAGUAGUGGAAAUAACAGUCUGCUGGAAACUAUGAUGCUUGAUCUUAGCACUAAUAGCUUUGUGCAAGAUUGGUGGGAUGAUAGUGUUCUACUGGCAGAAAACCUUCCAAAUUCAAGUGAAAAGCACUCAGAGCCUGCUAUAGAAUUGGCCAAUAGGCAUUCAUUGCCAACUGGGGAGAGAGGCUUGCCUUUCAUACCUGUCAUCGAACAAUUACUAGGUGAUGUUGCACAUCCACCUGCUGGACAUAGUUCGCUUGAGGUUGAUGCUACUGCUUUAGCUGGCCGUGUUUCAGAUUAUCAGCUGCCUCAGUUUGCUUUUCGAGAUUGCCUAACAGCACACAAUGCACAAGUCCCAUCACUGGCCUGCAGUAAUUAUACAUCCAGAACCGGAAGUGCCCAAAAUGGUUCUUCAGAAGUGCCAUCAGCAAACAUAUCUGUGGAUGACACCUGCAGUUUCAACACAGCAAAUUCCAAGGGAAGUCAGUCGAGUAAUCCUGAGGGUAAGGUUGCCAAGAGAAGAGCUAGAGCUGGGGAGAGUACCAGACCUAGACCAAAAGACAGACAACUGAUACAAGAUCGCGUUAAAGAAUUACGAGAGAUUGUCCCUAAUGGUGCAAAGUGUAGCAUUGACGCUUUGUUGGAGCGAACAAUUAAGCAUAUGCUGUUUCUACAAAGUGUAAACAAAUAUGCAGAGAAAAUUAAGCAAGCUGAUGAACCAAAGAUAAUCGACAAAGAGAGUGGUGUUGUCUUGAAAGACAACCCAGAUGCUGGCAGAAAUGGUGGUGCCACGUGGGCCUACGAGGUUGCUGGGCAAACCAUGGUUUGCCCAAUAAUCAUUGAGGAUCUUUCACCACCUGGUCAGAUGCUUGUUGAGAUGCUUUGCGAGGAACGUGGGCUCUUUCUGGAGAUAGCUGACAACAUACGUGGAUUUGGUCUCACGAUAUUGAAAGGACAGAUGGAGCUCCGUGAUGGCAAGAUAUGGUCGCGGUUUCUUGUUGAGGCAAACAGAGAAGUCACAAGGAUGGAUAUAUUUUUGUCGCUUGUUAAGUUACUGGAACAGAACAGCCUUGUUCGAUCUACCGACCAAAUGGCUAAGGUCAUGAAUAAUGGGGUUCCAUCAUUUGCAAACCAUCAGCGAUCUCCAAUGCCAGUUCCAGUGGGCAUUGCUGAGAGACUACAGUGACUGCAAAAUGUUUCAACUAGAUAGUGUUAGGUACCACGACUGUAACAUAUCUGGUAGCCAGAACUCCAUGCAUUCGACAGAGCCUAGUGAAGUGAUAGUCUCACUGCUGCUAGAAAUGCCAGUAUCAAGAACAUGACUGAUGCAAACAUGAGCUUCUAGUGCAUAAAUUACGAACUUCCCUGAUUACUGGGGUGUGAUCAGUGAAGUGGCAUUCUUUCCUGCUUAGUUAGAAAUCUUAGGUUGACACCUUGCCCCAGAGUAGCUAGGCUCUUGAUACUGGUGUUUCUUAUGCAGUGAUGGCAGUGUAGUAAUGCUAGCUUGCAGUGCCAGAGCCUCAGAGGCUAUACCGGACUAUUACCCUCUCCCCCCUCAUUUUGUGAUUAUGAUCUGAAUGAUUAGCGAGUUACUUAUGCAAGAUAUCAGAGCUUAAAA